AUGGGCAACCUGCUAGCUUGUCUAUUGUUCAAGACUGUUAGUCGACCUGAUGGAAUAGGACGAAAGGACGAAAAUCAGAUGAAAGAUACUCGGCCUGACCGUAAAGAAGCAAGAGAAUGGGAAAAAGAACGUAAAUCGACCAAAGAUAUUACUGGACCUCAAGUUCACUUCCAUCAACCGAUAAUUACAGACAGCACUGUAGUUGGAAAUCAAGAGCAUCAAAAAGAGGAAAAACGGACAAAAAUCAAAAUCACGGAUGAAGAUGAAGAUAAGACCGAAACAAUAGAUGAUAAUAAAGACAAAAUUGAAACAACGGGUAAGAUCGAAACAGGAGAUGACUAUGAAGAUGAGGUCGAAGAGGUUCUCGACCGGAUUAACCUGGCAAAACACAUACGAAGUCUUCCAGUGAUAUCAGCUUCAGUAUCAACUGCCUUAUAUGAAGCUGUAAUUAAGCAUUUGUCAGGCCAGGACAGUUAUAUGCAUGCAGAUGAAACUCCAUUGAGUAGAGCAGUUGCACGAACCUUCAAUGAGUUGAGAUAUAAUGUACCCGAUCUUGCACCACAAAGAACUUCCGAGGAUGAACAUUGCCUUUCAUUUCUGAAUCCUUAUAUAACCGAUUUUUCUGAAGAAAAAUAA